AAAACCACAAGCAUUAUGCAAAACGGAAGCGUUCUAAUCUUGGCCUGCCUUUUGGCACUUUUUGCUGUAGCCAUUGAGGCACAACGUUUCCAAACUCUUCCAUAUUAUCCUAAACCAACACGUUCCCCACCAAUCUAUCGUGUGCGUCGUCAAGUUUUGGGUGGUUCAGUGGCUUCAAAUCCAAAUGGAGGAGCCGAUGCACGUGUCAGUCUCACCAAGGCCUUUGGCAAUCCCAAACACAAUGUGGCUGGUCAAGUAUUCGCCGCUGGCAAUACCAAAGGUGGUCCCGUAACAACCGGUGGCACUUUGGCCUACAAUAAUCAUGGCCAUGGUUUCGAUCUCACCAAGACCCAUACUCCUGGCGUUCAAUCGAGCUUCCAGCAGUCGGCUCAUGCCAAUCUCUUCAACAAAGGUAAACACAAUGUGGAUGCCAAGGUCUUUGCCUCACAAAAUCAACUAGCCAAUGGCCUGAAGUUCCAACGUAAUGGCUUUGGAGUGGAUUAUUCCCAUGCCAAUGGUCAUGGCGCCAGUCUUACUCAGAGCAAUAUUCCCGGCUUGGGUCGUCAGUUGGGCUUGGAUGGACGUGCCAAUCUAUGGUCAUCUCAGAAUCGCAAUACCCAUCUCGACUUGACGGGUGGAGCCAGCAAAUGGACAAGUGGACCACUCAGGGGUCAAUCUAAUUUCAACGCCGGUUUAGGUCUUACCCAUCAUUUUGGUUAAUCUCAACGUUGAAUUUAUGCAAAAAAAAAAGCCAAAGUAUUUAUUUAUCAAUGAGUUAAUAGAAUAAUCUAAUGUCAGAAAAUAAAAUCAAUCAAGCAAAUUA